GCUCUGCAGCCAUGAUCCUUGUCCCUGGGAGACAUCAGAGCCGGCACCAUGAAGGGCGUCCUUGUUGCUGGUAUCAUCGCAGCACUUUCAGUGUCAGCUGUAGAAUCCCUGAACUGUAUGCAGUGUAAUUCAUUGGCAAACUCCUGUGUCAACAGCACCAUCACUGAGUGUCCCUCAGAGGCCAACACCAGCUGUACCAGUUUCUUGACCUUAGCAGGGAGCAUCACAUUGCACCAGGAUAAGGCUUGCUCUGCAGAGAACUGCAGUGAGGAAAGGAACGUGUUUGAGGCCUUCACCAUUCACGUGUCUGAUGGAGAAAGCUUCUAUUUUGCAAGUCAGUGCUGUCAAGGAAGGGAGUGCAACGACACCAAUGAUGCCUCGGUUCCUCCACUGGAGAAUACGUCCAGCAACGUAGAGUGCCCUGCAUGUUAUGGAUCUAACGAAACUUCCUGCAGUGUGAAACUCCGGAGAUGUUAUAAUGAAGAACGAUGUGUCAGUCUAGUUGCAGAAUUUAAGAAUGAUUUGAAGACUCCUAAGCUCGUGCUGAAAGGCUGUUCCAACAUCGAUAACUCCACCUGUCAGUUCCUGUCUGCUGAAAACCGGACAGUUGGAGGAGUCACCUUUCAAAAUUUUGAGUGUGUAGAUACCUCCAACUCCCCCUCAACGCCCAACUCCACGAGCCCCCCCAGACCACCACCCGCAACACCGGCUUCAAAGUCUCCUUCACCCCCACGGCCCUUGCCACUCUCCUCCUGCUGGAGUUGCUGCUCUGAGAUCCACCCCUGCCUCCCCGUUUAACUGCCAUAAGUGGCAGUCACAGCCCUUCAGGUCAUGCCCUGUGACAGCCACAUUGUUCUCCAUUAUUAAAACAUUGGUUCAUUCGCUGGCCAAAUCUGUCCUGAUACGUU